AUGUCUCCAUCAGGAACCAAUUUGUUUUCAUUACCACUACUACUUUUUCUUCAGUUCUGCUUCACCUUCUUCCAGAUCACCAACGUUGCUGCCUCCUCUCGAAUAGUUCUCGGCAACGAGACAGAUCGAAUGGCGUUGCUGGAGUUCAAGUCCAUGAUCUACAGCGACCCUCUGGGGUCGCUCCGAUCAUGGAACCCACUUCUAGUCAGGAUUCUGGACCUGCGCUCCCUAGAACUCGCGGGCUCCAUCUCGCCACACAUUGGCAACCUCAGCUUCCUGUGGGAGCUCACCCUCAUCAACAACAGUUUCAGCCAAGGAAUCCCUCCUGAAAUCGGCCAUAUGCGCAGAUUAAAACGGUUGUUCCUCGGCAACAACUCACUCACCGGUGAGAUCCCAUCCAACAUCUCUGCCUCCUCUGCUCUCACCAUUUUCCAUGUCGGAAAUAACAAACUGGUGGGAAGGUUGCCACUUCCGAGUACUUUGUGGAAUGCCAAGCUCCAAGGGUUUUGGGUGUACCGGAACAUGUUGACAGGAACCAUCCCUCCUUCUUUUGGCAACCUUUCGUCGCUCGAGAUACUUUCGCUAGGCCAGAAUCGACUGAGCGGGGCAGUUCCUGAUACACUAGGACGAUUCGAGCGUCUUGGGGUUCUGGAUCUAGCUCUCAACAACAUGUCCGGUGAAAUUCCUUCUCCCAUUUUCAACCUCUCUUCUCUGACAUAUCUAGCUUUCGGUCACAACCAAAUUCGUGGUGGUCUCCCCCACGACCUAGGAACGUCACUCCUGAAUCUUCAGAACUUGGAUGUGGAUUCUAAUGAGUUGACAGGAAGUGUUCCUGAUUCUUUAUCAAAUGCCACAAACUUGAUUACCCUGCAACUGCAGGGGAACCACUUCAGAGGGAGGAUGCCUUGCAUGGCAAGCUCCCUGAACCUGAGGCUCUUCCUGAUCAACCAGAACUCUCUGGGGAGUAAUGGGGAGUACUCUGACGAUCUGAAAUUCGUCUCUUGUUUGACCAAUGCCACUGGCCUGGAAGUCCUGUUCAUCGGUGACAACGAUUUUGGAGGCGAAUUUCCUGACAGCAUCACCAACCUGUCGACCAGCCUGAAGUUUCUGAACCUGACUGCCACCAAGAUAUCAGGAAGCAUUCCAGAUGGGAUACACAACCUUGUCAAUCUGCAGAUGUUUGAGGCAUCUCAUACUCGUCUCUCCGGUACGAUCUCGUCCAACAUUGGAGACUUAAAAUCCCUAGAGAGCUUGGAUUUGAGCCAUAACAACAUUUCAGGAUCCAUUCCGUCAGGUUUUGGAAACUUAACCAGGUUGGUUUUCCUGAGCCUAGCUGCUAACCAGAUACAGGGAGGAAUUCCUGCCACCAUUGGGAAUUGUCAGAAUCUGAUAGGUUUGGACCUUUCUGACAACAAUCUCAGUGGCGUCAUCCCCCAACAAGUCAUGGGGAUUACUUCUUUGGCACGUUUCCUGAACCUGUCUCACGAUCGUUUCUCAGGUGCUGUUUCUGCAGAAGUGGGAAACCUGAAGAACUUGGGUACAUUAGAUCUAUCUCAUAACAUAUUGUCAGGAAGUAUUCCUAACAGUCUUGGUAGUUGUGUCAGGUUGGAGUUAGUGAACUUACAAGAAAACCUCUUUCAAGGGCCAAUUCCUUCUUCUUUAAGUUCAUUGAAGGGCAUAGAACACUUUGAUGUCUCUGUCAAUAAUUUGUCAGGCAGAAUCCCGAAAUUUUUCGAGGACAUGAAAUAUAUGGAGGUUCUGAACAUGUCGUACAACGAUUUCGAGGGUGAAGUGCCACAAGGAGGAGUCUUGAAAAAUGGUAGCAUCAUUUCAAUCAUGGGAAAUAGCAAACUUUGUGGAGGUACUAAUUCAACAACCUUCCACUUCAGCCUUCCACCUUGUCACUUCAUGCCUCCAAAGAAGAAACUGAGUCAUAAGUGGAAGGUUGUUGUAUUAGUACUACUGAUCCUGCUUUCAAUAACCUUCAUGGGUUCUUGCUUGAUUGUAUUUUGGAUUAAAAAGAGAGGGAACCCAGAUACAGUUUCAGAUGGUGAUUCAGGAAUGCAGCAGCUAUCUUAUCAGAAUCUCUUCAAAGCUACAGAUGGCUUCUCAGAAACAAGUCUGAUCGGUUUGGGAAGCUUUGGCUCUGUGUACAAAGGAGUUCUUGACAAUGGAGGGAUGGUAGCUGUGAAGGUAUUCAAUCUUCAGCGUCGUGGAGCUGGUAAGAGUUUCGUGGCAGAGUGUGAAGCCCUGAAGAGCAUCAGGCACAGGAAUCUUGUCAGGAUCGUGACGGUGUGUUCAGGAAUCGAUCAUCGAGGGAAUGAUUUCAAGGCUCUAGUGUAUGAGUUCAUGGAGAAUGGAAGCUUGGAAGAUUGGCUGCAUCCUGUGGAGAAUAAUAGUGAUGAGACUUCAAGGAGCUUGAACUUCCGCCAGAGGUUAAAUAUUGCAGUCGACAUAGUUUAUGCAUUGGAUUAUCUUCACCAUCAAUGUGAAACGCCUAUUGUUCAUUGUGAUCUCAAGCCGAGUAACAUUCUUCUCGACGAGGAGAAGACAGGUCGUGUUGGCGAUUUCGGGCUAGCAAGAUUUCUUCUGUCAUCAUUCAACAAUCCUUCUGCAACGAGCUCGAUUUCGAGCUCCAUUGGCAUAAAGGGAACAGUUGGCUAUGCUCCACCAGAAUACGGUAUGGGAAAUGAAGUAUCGACACAAGGUGACGUGUACAGUUACGGGAUCCUGCUGCUUGAACUAUUCACCGGAAGAAGACCUACCGACGAGAUUUUCAGAGACGGUUUGAGCCUUCAGAACUUUGUCCAAAAUGGUUUAUCCCAACAGCAUCAGCUCCUGCAUGAAGUUUUGGAUCCGAUUCUGCUCAAUGAACUGCUCAUUGGUCGAGUAUCGGAGAAGGUCGCGACUUCAAUUCUCGAUAUAGGCGUCGCUUGUUCUUCAGACUCGCCGCAAGAGAGACCGAGUAUCAGUCAAGUCUUGGCAAGGCUAAAGAAGCCACUUGCUUAA